AUCACAUCAGGGAAAAAUAAGGAGAGAAGAGGAGGAGCAAAGGGAGAGUCGGGUAGCAGAUGAACAGAUAACCUGGUUAAUCAGCAGCUCCUUAACCAGCUGAAUCCAGAGGUAAUAACGUGGAUGUGCUUGUGGUUUGAAGAGGAAGAGAUGGAGUCUGAAGAGAAUCUGCUGAAUGCUUACCUGCUGCUGCUGCUGCUUGGAUCGCACUUCACUCUGGUGGGUCCCUCAACCCCCGAGGAGGGCUGGCAAGUCUACAGUUCAGCUCAGGACUCAGAGGGUCGAUGUGUUUGCACAGUGGUGGCUCCUCAGCAGACCAUCUGUUCGAGAGAUGCUCGAACCAAACAACUACGACAACUACUAGAGAAGGUGCAGAACAUGAGCCAGUCCAUCGAGGCUCUAGAUCAGCGGACUCAAAGAGAUCUGCAGUUUGUGGAGAAGAUGGAAGUUCAGCUGAAAGGUCUGGAAAAUAAAUUCAAACAGGUGGAGGAUGGACAUGAGACCAACAUUGCCAGACAGUACAAGGUAUUUCCCAUAUCAUCACACUGAGCAACCAAACAACAUUUCUGCCUCUCACUAUGUGAAUAAUGGAGCAUUAUACGU